GCAGGCACUCAGCAGUAUAUAAAGCAAUGACCACCACGGCUUUACAUCAGUCUGACUCCCAGUGCUGCUCCUUGCAAGAUGAAGUUGUUUUGGGUAUUGAUAGCAGUCUUGGUCCUCGCUGCUGCUGACGACAGCAGUUCAACAGGUCAGUCUAACGACGGCGACGACAACGGAGUUGAUAAUGACAAUGACAACGGCGACGCAGGAGCCGCGUCAGACGUCGAGGGACGCACAAGAUCGUCCGAGGCUGGGAAGCAACAGGGCAGAUUCUUUGGAGGGUUGGGAGGUUUAAGUCCUAUUGGAGGUGUUGGUGCCAUCAGUCCUGUAGGUAUUGGCGGUAUUAGUCCUGUUGGAGGUUUUGGCGGCAUCAGUCCUGUUGGAGGCAUAAGUCCUGCUGGGGGAUUCGGAGGUAUCAAUCCUGUGGGAGGACUUGGAGUUACCCCAGUAGUAGGAGGCGUAGGCUUUGGGAAUAAACCCACCUUUGGAGUGAAUCCUAUUCACGGAGGUGGAUUGGGCAUUGGGCCUGGCAUUGGAGGCAUUGUGAGUCCUGUGGCUCCUCCCUCCACAUGCCGUUACUGGUGCAGGACACCCGAGGGUCAGGCCUACUGUUGUGAGAACAUCAACCAGCCACAGAGUGCUGCCGGUGUAGUCAAACCGGGAUUCUGUCCCCCCGUUCGUCCAGUGUGUCCUCUUAGGAGCUUCCAGCCACCAUUCACUUGCUCUAACGACGGCGCUUGCGGAGGCAUCGACAAGUGUUGCUUCGACAGGUGUCUCGGCGAACACGUGUGCAAACCUCCUCUGGGCAUUGGGCGGUAAAGUCAUAUAGAAAUAAUUUUAAAAAAUGUUCCAUAAGCCAAAAAUGUAAAUAUGUAAAUGUAAUAAAGAUGGAAAACGUAA